AUGCCGUUGCCUCCAUCGUCGUUGAACCAAAAGUCCAGUCGGGUGUAUUCGGUGGCCAGGGUAUACAAGGAUGCUUGCGAAAAAAGGCCUCAGGAGUAUUGGGAUUAUGAGCAAGGAGUCACAAUUGAAUGGGGGAAGAUUUCAAAUUACGAGAUUGUCAGCAAGAUCGGCCGAGGGAAGUAUUCGGAAGUUUUCAGUGGGAAGAGCGUGUUAAAUAACCAGCCUUGUGUGAUCAAGGUGUUGAAACCGGUCAAGAUGAAGAAGAUUUACCGAGAGCUGAAGAUACUGACCAAUUUGACCGGCGGUCCCAACGUUAUCGGGCUGUUAGAUAUUGUUCAGGAUCCGGGCUCCAAGAUACCGGCGUUGAUCUUUGAAGAGGUGAAAAAUGUGGACUUCAGAGCGCUGUACCCGACUUUCAAGCUGAGUGACAUCCAGUACUAUUUCACACAGUUGCUUAUUGCGUUGGAUUAUUGCCACUCCAUGGGCAUCAUGCAUAGAGAUGUCAAGCCACAAAACGUCAUGAUAGAUCCAAGCGAGAGGAAGCUGAGGUUGAUCGAUUGGGGUCUGGCGGAAUUUUACCACCCGGGGGUCGAUUAUAAUGUGAGAGUGGCUUCGAGAUAUCACAAGGGUCCCGAGCUGCUGGUUAACUUGAACCAAUACGACUACUCUCUAGAUCUUUGGUCCGUGGGCUGUAUGCUUGCAGCGAUAGUGUUUAAAAAGGAGCCUUUCUUCAAGGGCUCAACAAACGCAGAUCAACUGGUCAAGAUCGCUGCCGUGUUAGGUACAAAACAGCUGCUGGGCUAUCUGAAUAAAUAUGGAUUGAAAUUACCGUCCGAAUACGAUAAUAUCAUGAGGGAUUUUACUCCUAAACCCUGGAGUCAUUUCAUAACGGGAGAAACCAAAUUAGCUGUCCCUGAGAUCGUGGACUUGAUCGAUAAUUUAUUGAGAUACGAUCAUCAGGAGAGACUAACGGCUAAGGAAGCUAUGAAUCAUAAAUUCUUCAAGGCAGAAUUUGAGUAA